UUUAUAUAACAGUUGCUGAUUCCAGCUUCUGUACUGACUAGUCGAGCGAUGCUAGCUGUUGUGUUCCGCGCCCAUCUGGAGUUAUAUAUACCAUGAAAGUCCUUUGUCUCCUUCUGACCCUCCCAGCCGGCAUCCUCUGGGGAGCCCUCGCCCAGGAGCAGUGUCCUGGGAGCUGGUAUCUCCAAGGGGACGAUUGCAUUUGCAUACGUAGCACCGAUGGUUUCUUGCUCAAAGCCCAGACACUGCAAUGUUGCAUGGCGUUGGGUUACAAGACAUACGACAAUAUGAGAACUUCAUCACCCGAUCAUCGUAGCGAUUCUCUAACCUGGGUGUUUUCAGAUCUGUGCCGUGGACCACAACAAACGACAGACUUUCAAAGAUUGCUGCAAAGGCCUCAAACAGGAAAGCGUCAUCGGUCACUGCCGCUGAGCAGAGGAGUCACUGGAUAAUGGCAUGUACCAAAUUGCCGUCCUAUAUGGAGAGACAAGAUCAGAAUGACAAGGUUAUUUUUGAGAGGGAGUGGGCUAAAUUGAAGUGGUCUUUGUUGCAGUGGCCUCUCGAGAC